UGGAGGUUGGUGGCCCUGAUUGUGGUGGGAGGUUGGAGCUUCACGAUCUUUGAGGUCCCUUCCAACCCGACCCGUUCUGUGAGCACAGCGAGGCUGCCACCAGAUGGCACCAGGCUCCCGUUCACCCCUUCCAUCCCCUCCUGCUCUCCCCCAUCACCCUGCUUCCAGCUUGGGGUGCGAGCUGGGGGUCUCACAGGGGUCCUAAGGGCACAGAGUGGAGCCUUGAGGCAUCCCCCCAUCCUGGGCCCUCCUUGUCUCACUCCCUCCUGCCCCCAGACCCUCUGUGCUCACCACUGUGGUCUUGCUGCUGCUGGAGCAUCCUCUCCUCCCACCUUGAACCCACCCCUGCCCGCAGUGGGGCUGCAUUCAGCCCCUUCUAAGGCCAAUCUCUGGGUUACCUAAUGCCUGUCACACAGCACAUAAAUGUCACUGCACCUGGGGGGAGCAAGACGUGCAGGGAAAGGGGGAGAGCUGUGAGAGAAGAGGCAGAGGAGAACCAGGAGCAAAACAGGAUCGAUUGCCAGCCAAUUAUCCCUGUUAUCCAAGCAGCACCAUUAAAGGACGAGGACAGGUUUCCAAGCCUUUCCAGCCUGGCUGUGCACACAGAAGGACGGUGCACAUGCACACACACACACACACACACACACACCAGUGUGUGCAUCCUCCACUCAGCGCUGCCUGCUGAGCUUGUUUUCCCAGCAGACUUAAUCUCCACGGCCCGCUUUCUGUACAACAAGAUGUGUUUCCAUCUGCCUCUUGCUGAGCUCAGGGGGCAGCAGCAAAGUUCUGCCCAUCCAGGAGCUGCUGCUGUGGCACCGUGGUCUUAUCUCAUCACAUUGGGCUCUUUUCUGUCCCUUUCCCAUCACCAGGUUCUCCCAGGCUGUGAGUCAAAGUGGGCUCAGGACCCUCCCCAACCCCCUGCUCCAUGCACCCCCACAGCCUCCUGUGCUGCUCCCAUCUCCCCCUGCUAACACAUUGACCCAGAGCCACGCAGUGACACACAUAUGGGGUAGGAAAGAGGGGGGGGUGAGUGCAUCCAAACCCUCCCAAUAUGUUCCAUGGGUCAGAAACCCCGCUGUGAUCCACCACCAGGGGAGCAGGGAGGAAAGAGAAGAACACAGGAGGCCUUUCACAACCCGCUCUUUGGUUGCAAACUGCUUCAUUUCCUGAACAGAACGAUACCUCUCUUUUGUUGUUGUUGUUGUUGUUGUGAUGGAAGGAUGGCACUUUUUUGGGGGGCUAUUCAUCUGUAACCACAGCAACGUGGCUCCAGCUACGGGCAGCUGAGAUUGCAGGCGAUUAAAGCCAUCAUGUAGAAGGUGGGAGAUGCUGGGCACCACGAACGGCCUCUUCCCAAAUGACUCCAAUUAUCCUCAUUAUUUCCACCCCCCCCCAACCUUCCCAAUUCUCUUCCUUGGUCUGCAGGAGAUGUCAUGGUUAUAUAAACACGGAGCGCUGGGAGGAUGGAGGAGCAGCAUCUUCUGCUAUGGGCUGACCUGGAAACCUGGUGGUGUGAUGGAGGCUGAGACCCUGCAGGAGGAACUGAGGGGCUCCCAAAUCGAGGUGAUCCCCUGCAAGAUCUGCGGGGACAAGUCCUCGGGGAUCCACUACGGCGUUAUCACCUGCGAAGGCUGCAAGGGUUUUUUCCGGCGGAGUCAGCAGAACAAUGCCUCCUACUCCUGCCCAAGGCAGAGGAACUGUUUGAUUGACCGAACCAACAGAAACCGCUGCCAGCACUGCCGACUGCAGAAAUGCUUGGCGUUGGGCAUGUCCCGCGAUGCGGUGAAGUUUGGCCGCAUGUCCAAGAAGCAGCGGGACAGCCUCUACGCCGAGGUACAGAAGCACCAGCAGAGACAGGAGCAAAGUGGUGGCCCCAAGGAUGAGCCCGAACCUCUGAGUCGCAUCUACACCACCAGUGUCAGCAGCGGCCUCUCAGACCUGGACGACAUCUCCACGCUGUCUGAUGGGCUCCUCUUCGACUUCCCCCUCACUCCUGAUGGCAGCAGCACCUACUACAACCUCGACCUGCUGGCCUCAGCACAGCCCUCACCAGAUCAAUCCAGCCUGGAUGUGGCCGACACCACGCUCAUCAAGCAGGAAUCCAUCUAUGAGCUGAUGCUGGAGCCAGCCCUGUUUGCACAUGGUGCACUGGAGGGCAGCCAGCUGGCUGGGGAGAUCUCCGUCCUUGAGAUCGACCGGAUUGCCCAAAACGUGGUGAAGUCGCACCUGGAGACCUGUCAGUACACAGCAGAGGAGCUGAAGCACCUGGCCUGGAGCCUGUACUCCCCAGAGGAGAUUCGUGCCCUGCAGAGCAAGAGCUGUGAGGCCAUGUGGCAGCAGUGCUCACUGCACAUCUCCAACGCCAUCCAGUACGUGGUGGAGUUCGCCAAGCGCAUCGAUGGCUUCAUGGAGCUCUGCCAGAACGACCAGAUCAUCCUCCUCAAAGCCGGUUGCCUCGAGGUGCUCCUGCUGCGCAUGAUCCGCGCCUUCAACCCCCUGAACAACACUGUGCUCUUCGAGGGGAAGUUCGGCGGCGUGCAGAUGUUCAAGGCACUCGGAUGUGAUGACCUCAUCAGCGCCGUCUUCGAGCUGGGGAGGACCCUGUGCCGCCUGCAGCUGUCGGAUGAGGAGCUCGCCCUGUUCACUGCUGCCGUGCUGCUCUCCCCGGACCGCCCGUGGCUGACGGAGUCCAAGAAGGUGCAGAAGCUUCAGGACAAGAUCUACGUGGCCCUACAGCACGAGAUCCAGAAGAAACACUCCGCUGAGGACAAGCUCUCAAAGAUGGUCUCCAAGCUGCCCCUGAUGAAGACCAUUUGCAACCUGCACUUGGACAAACUGGAAUUUUUCCGUCUCCUGCACCCGGAGACGGCCAUGAACUUCCCACCCCUCUAUAAGGAGGUCUUCAACUCGGAGCUGCAGUACAGCGACCCACGGGAGAGCUAAGGCUGGGAUCUACCAGCCCCCUCCCCAGCCCCAAAUCCAGAGACGAACUGAACCUCAAGGUUUGGGGCCGUCCAUUUAAAUCGCGUAACCAAACCCAAGACAGCGGGGUUGUGGAUUGCAAUAGCUCUUGAAUGUAAAGCACCUUUGAAGGAAAAGCAAACGGACUUUGCCAUACCCGUGAAAUGAAUGUGAAAUCUCCACUCGGGAGAGGAGAUGCUCCUGGAGGUGGACGGCACCGACUUGUUCCCUGGUGUGUGGAUCCGGGGGAGCAGAACCAGAAGGGUGAAAGUCCAUGCUCCCCAUUAGAACUCAUAGGGAAAGAUAUGGACCAAACCUCCUCAUGGAAGAGCCACCAGGAAGGCGAUGGGAUUUGGAGCCAUGUGGGGUUUUGCUGUUCACAUCAUCCACCCGUGAGCUUUGUGUCUGAACUUAUGGGACCAUCUGUGGGUCCGUCAGCCCCAAUUCUCCCCCCUGGUGUUGGUAGAACCCAUUGAGUGUCCCAGUGCUGAGUGCCAACAGGGGAUGUGCUGCACAUGUUUCCUGCCCUCCCGGAUCCUGAAGGUUGACAAGAAGGGAAGAGUCAGAAUUGCCUUUUUUGUCUUUGGGGUUUGUCAGCGUCGCCGUCUUCAUUUCAUCGG